UUGAGCCUGAUAGUGCAUAAAUAUGGUGGCAGCUCGGUUGCGGACGCGGAUAAGAUUACAGGUGUUGCCCGUCGCAUUGGCAAGGCUAAGGAUUCCGGGCAGGAGGUAGUUGCGGUGGCCUCGGCGAUGGGGGAUACCACCGACGAACUGAUUGAACUGGCCCAUACGGUUUCCUCGGAACCCGACCCCAGGGAGCUGGACCUGCUACUAUCGACGGGAGAGCUGGUUUCCUGCACACUGCUGACCAUGGCACUCAGAAGUCUCGGGUACGAUGCAAUUACCCUUAGCGGCUUCCAGGCCGGCAUACAUACCGACGAUAUGUACGGGCAGGCCCGAAUAUUCAGCAUCGACCCCGCCAGGGUGGAGAGCGAACUCUCUGAAGGCAAAGUGGUUAUAGUUGCCGGAUUUCAGGGUAUAACAGAUGAUAUGGACAUAACUACUCUGGGCCGCGGCGGUUCGGAUACAACCGCCGUAGCAUUGGCGGCGGCCCUGAGGGCGGAUCGCUGCGACAUUUACACCGACGUGGAUGGCAUAUACACUGCUGAUCCCCGCAUAGUCCCAAAUGCUCGGAAGUUGUCCGAAAUCGAUUACGAAGAGAUGCUGGAAUUGGCCAGCUACGGCGCAAAAAUGCAUCCUCGGUCCAUCGAAUUGGGUGCUGUAAACGAUGUGCCAAUCUACGUCGCUUCAAGUUUUGGAGAUCAGCCGGGAACUCUCAUACAUCGGGUUGAGAAAGUGAAGGAGCUAGAAAAUCGGGUUAAGGCAACGGGAGUAGCUUACCAGGCUAACGUGGCAAAAAUUACGGUCCGUUCCUUGCCCGACAGGCCAGGCAUUGCGGCAGCCUUGUUUGAACCGCUCGCGGCGAUGGGUAUAAAUGUGGACACGAUUGUCCAGAAUACCAGCGCGGAACGAACUACGGACAUCAGCUUUACGGUUACCAGGGCAGAGCUGCCGGAAGCUUUUGAACAAGUUCGAGUCCUACUUGCGGACCUGGGAGGCACCGAGGUAGUCAGCGACAACACUCUGGCCUCGGUACAUGUGGUGGGGUCUGGUAUGCAGAACACUCCUGGAUACGCCUCGCGAAUGUUUCGAAUACUCGCUGACGGCAACAUAAACAUUGACAUGAUUACCACAUCAGAGAUUCGGAUUUCCUGCAUCAUCAACGAAGACCAGGUUUCCGAAGCGGUACGCCUGCUACACGAGGGCUUCCAGCUUGGCGAAGAAGGCUGA